CUUAAUUAGCUCCGGUAGGCUAUAUGCGCCCUUAGUCUAUAUGCGUCCUGAUAUGUACCCGCCCUGAUCUACGCGCUCGGAUCUGUACCUAAUACGCGCCCUCUGUAUGCGCACUAGUUUGUUAUGCGCCCUCCUGGGUAUGCGCCUGUGCCGCAAUAAGGCAAUCAGAGCUGAGCACCGAGGGCAUGAGGAAACAGCACCCGAGCAGGCAUCCUCGUAUUGGCUUAUCGGCAUGAUGCCCAGAAGCUUCAGUGCUAAAAAAGGAUUUCCCACCGAUCUAGAUGAUACUCGAUGUUUCAGCCUUGUCGGCUUAUCACACUGGAAAACUGGAUCACCCUAGAAAACAGUAUACAAACCUGGGCUUUAGCGCAUUCGCUGUUACAUCUGAUUGCUUUAAUAUGCAGACCCCAACUUCACUGCCCCAUCA